UGCUGCUCGAGUCUUCUUUCCAACAGUGAUGCUGCUUCUCCUUCUUUUGCGAGUCCACUGUCCGGUGGUGGUGGUGGUGGUGAUGAUGGCGCUGGAGGGAGUGGAUGGUGGGUGGAUCCAUCGAUCGAACAAUCGAUGGAUUGACCGAUUGAUUGAUGCCUUGAUGCUUUGAUGCACGCCCAUUUCGAUGCUGCUGCUGGAUGGACCUUCGCUGCAAAGUACACAUGCAAAACAAGUUUAGAGUUGAGGGUUUCUUUCUUGCGAAGUUCGUUGUUUCCACGUUGGUUCCCAAUUCCCCAUUUCCCACCGGCGAGUACUCGCUUUGAAAGGGUUCUAGAACUCAGCGAGUUUUUUGUCGACCUCAGUCCGUGUCUAGAGCCUAGAGUUUUGUCAGGUUGAAGGAUGUUUCACGCAGGCGAUCUUGUUAGGGUUGACAUAACCUUUGGCUUUUUGGAGAAGGCUGUUGUGACCGUCAAGUCCAAGUCGUGGUGGGAAUCCGGUAUUUGGCUGGUUCGGUUUCGACCGAUCGAUUACUCAUCAUGAAAAUAUGUGACUUGAGGGAAGUUGGAAUGAAUCUUGCCGACGCGGCGCAUAGCG